CUUGGCUUCCUCAUAUUUAGUUGUAACUCGUGCUGCAUGUGCUCUAGCUACUCGCCGUUUACAAUUGUUGCUGGCCAUGCCACCUGGUCAGGUGGCGCUCCAGCUACCAUUAGAGGAUAUGUCAAAGGUCCUUAAUUACAUUAAGGAAAAUAAACUGGAAAAAAGGUAUGGGCAGCUGCAUGGCUUACUACAAAGGUUGAUGGACAAGUUCAUGGAGUUACUGUCCCGCAAGGAAAUGAAACUUCUCAGCCAAGCUUAUCCCACACGUCUGUCACUACGUCAACACGUUUAGAUCUGAACUGGUACCUGGCUCUUGUAAGAAAUAGAUGUACUCAUGGUGAAGGAGGUGGUUUAGAAUGUAGCCAGUUGUUAAGUCAAUUGGAAUAUUCUGAGAUCAUCAAUGUCAUGUCUGGAAAGUCUUUCAACACUGCACUCCUUACUUACACCCUAAGGCUAGGACUGUCCACGACUUUGCAGGCUAACAGAGACUGGGGUGAAUGUAACAGUUCUGUUGAAACAGGUGAUAGUGAAGAAGGAAGCAGUGGAAGUGGAACAGGUGAAGUACCAUUGUACACAGCCAGCAAAGUCAUUCUACUUCAGCAUUUGGCCCGGUUGUCAGGUUCUCUACCGAGGCCUCAUCAUAUUUUCACACCAGGUGGUGGGAACAAGUACAGUGAGCGAGUUUGCAAACUUCUUUCUGGAGAUGAUGGUAUAGGCAAUGUAGUUGACACUCUGGCUCCAGCAGUUGUUGAGUAUCUCACAGCUAUGUCUAGGUUACCGUGGGGUGGUCAAGUUCUGCCUGAAAGUUCUGAGCACAUACUUCGUUUUUCUCUGUUAGCUAUGGAGUACCUUCACUGGCAAGUCUGGUUAGGGAGUGUAAGCAUAGAUGUAGCAAGUUUAUGCUUAAACUGUGUGGACUCUGUCUUACGCUGCAGCACUCUCUCAGGGCUCCUUGGUCUCUCUGACCGAGUAUCAUACGUAUGCUCCAUGAUAGCUGCUCUCCAUGCUCUGCAUCUUAUUUUAAUCAAACCAAGGGCACUCCCAAGGUUUAAAAAUUGUGAGUACAUUUUAUAA